AUGUCUAGCCAUAUAAAGUUCGCAGAGCCGAUUUCGAGGAAGGGAGGAACCGAUGCCAGGAUCGGGAGGGACAACAAUGAAAAGGGGUCGGGGCAAAGGCCGUCUUCGCCUGGCAAUGAGAUUGUUUAUCUCGCGGGAUGGAGGCUGGUUCUUACCACUAUAGGACUUUUGAUUGGAUUCUUUCUCUCCAAUCUCGACGUAACGAUUGUGAGCUCGUCUCUGACCAGUAUUACCGACAGCCUGGAGGGGUUCGAGAAGAGAAGUUGGAUUAUUACUGGAUACUUGGCCACAUACACAGGGUCUAUGGCGAUAUGGACAAAAGUCAGCGAUAUCAUCGGGAGAAAGCACACGACACUAGCUGCCCUUGUUAUUUUGCUCGGUUUUUCGAUAGGCUGUGGAUGUGCCCAAACAGUGAAUCAACUAAUAAUUUUACGAGCGCUCCAAGGAAUAGGAGGCGCCGGUGCUUAUGCAUUGGCGAUACUCUGCGUCUACGAGAUAGCCCCCAAAACAAAACUCCCAAUCUACAGCGGUCUCAUGUCACUCUGCCUGGCUCUGGCAUCUUUGCUGGGCCCAAUAAUUGGAGGUGCCCUAGCACAAGCAUCCGCCUGGAGAUGGGUUUUCUUGAUCAAUGCUCCAUUAUGCUUCAUCGCAAUUGUUGCAAUCACAUUUGCGAUGCCUACACACUUCGGCCUUGACCAACACACUCCCUCUUUCCGAACGAAAGCAUCUUAUCGCUCAUUCGCCAACCUCGACCUUGUGGGAUCAUUGCUGGCGAUGGUUGGGUCGUUCUUGCUUGUCACUGUCUUAAACGAAGCAAAUCUGGCAUUUCCAUGGGACUCGGGAGCUGCAAUCACCCUCAUUGUUCUCACUGCUGUUGCCUGGAUUGCCUUCUUCUCCUGGGAGUGCUAUAUUUCGGACAUGCCCGGCAAAGAUCCGAUCUUCCCCAAACGUUGGCUUUUUGAGCGUCCAUGGAUGGGCAUUCUACUUUGCUCAUUUGUUAUCGGUGCGCCAUUCAACGUCGUCCUCGUAUACGUUCCACAGCAAGCCCAGCUCCUCUUGGGCAAGUCGCCUCUUGAUUCCGGUAUAUAUCUGAUUGGAUAUUCUGCUGUUGCCGCCGUCGCUGCGGUUGCUAUAAAUCUUGCAAGUUCGAAGGGGCGUAUACCGUUCGUUUAUUCUCUGCUUGUGGGCUGUACAAUCCACACUGUGGGUGUUGGGCUUCUAUCAACGAUCGCCACUGAGAAGGGCUUCCAGGCCACGGAUAUCGUCUAUGGUGUCAUUGCCGGCGCAGGGCUCGGAUUGACGAUGGGAAUUCUUGUUCUAUCCAUACCAUACAUAGUUGAGGACAGAGACCUCGCGAUUGCCACUGGUGCAGUGGUUCAGUUCCGCUUCCUUGGCGGCGCUGUUGGGCUCGCCAUUGCAUCGAACAUUUUCAAUGGCCGUUUGGCGCAUCAUUUACACGGAAUUUUGACAAGGCACGAACUGCACUUAUUCCUUGAAAAUGUGAAAGCGAUAAAUUCUCUAUCUCCUAAUCUACAAGAAGAUGUUAAGGGUGUUCUUGCGGACAGUUUCACCACUCAGCUGAGAGUUAUGAUCGGAUUCGCUGCGGCUUCAGUACCGGCAGCUCUGCUACUGUUGAAGCCAGGCAGACGCCAGCUUGCGGCCGAUCGGCAUUCAGGUUUAUUCUCGGGGUAG